AUGGGGAAGACCUUUCAAAAGAUCAACGUCUGCUGUGCAGGCAAGUUUGACCAGUUAGGCGACAAAAUCCCCCAGUGGGUGCGUGCAAAUGGCGGCCAGUUCUCUCGAAACGUCGACGACCGUGUGACGCAUCUGAUCACCACGAAGGAGGCUUUCCAGCAGAACGUGGAGGCAGUUCAAGACGCCAAAAAGCUCAGAACUGUCAAAAUCGUGUCUUACGACUGGCUGGAAGACUCGCUGCAGUCCAAGACUCGCCGUCCCAAGUCCGAGAACCCCUAUCUCCUGGUGAACAUUCUGGAGGCAGAGAAGCAGAAGCGUAAGCUCAAGUCUACCCAGAAGAAUUCCAACCCAACCACUCGAAAGAGGCGUUUUGGGUCAGAAACGUACAUCUCCUCCCAACAUUAUCACAUUAUCUCUGAAGCCGACGAAGAUGCUUAUUUGAACCUUUUAGCCAAGACUCGAAUCCACAUGGACGAGGGCUCGGGCGUUUUCUACACUGCCACCUUGGUUCGACCAUACCAGACCUCAUCUGCCAAAGAAAGAUACACGCUCACGGUAAGACUGGCUUAUAGCAUACAUUUCCUCGCAAGAGGACAAAAGCUGACCAGUAAACACCAGAUCUUUGAGUCAAUCGCCGAACCCCAUACUUACUCGGCCUUCGCUAAAUACAGUCGAGUGGGCAAAACGACGGUCGACCAGCUGGCCCCGCCGCACAGCAGCUUCGAUGUCACCGUGGCCAUCUUCAAGAAGAUUUUCAAGACCGACCCCAAUGGAAAUCGCUUGCCUGCCCAUGAGGGCUGGUACUGCCUCGAAGUGCGCGACAACCUUUUUGCCAACUUUCUCAUGGCGCCCCCGAGUGUGGUGAUUCCGGGUCCGGGUGCUGCUGUUCGGCGAACGGAGAACGUCUCGUCUGAUGAUGGCGAGGAUGCCGCGUCCUCUCACCUGGACUCAAAUGGAGCCAAGGAGUAG